AUGGCGUUGCCAGUCAUUAAAGCAAUCGAGGAUUGUUCAAACAUCACGAAAACAGUCUUGCCAUAUCUGCCACAAUUGUACGAUUUACCUCAGCAAGUACUUCAAUCAUAUUCAAAUCCUACCGAGCUUCGAAAUCUUUAUCUGGCUACGAAUCCACUCAUAACUGCCUUCGCAUUCUCGUUGUUUUUAACGCCUGUAUUUCUAUUGGUUUCGGAGGUCAACAAAAACUAUUCUCAAGUCGACAGAUGCUGGAGUAUCUUGCCUACCAUAUAUAAUGCCCACUUUGCCAUCUAUGCACACCUUUCUGGUCUACCAACAGGGCGACUAGACAAUAUCCUCGCUUUCAGUACAAUAUGGAGUUUACGCUUGACAUAUAAUUACUGGAGAAAGGGUGGCUAUAGCAUUGGAUCCGAAGAUUAUCGCUGGGAGAUUGUCCGACGAAACGUUCCUCCAGCACUCUUCUUCGUCUUCAAUAUCGUCUUCAUAUCAUUGGCACAAAGCAUUCUGCUGUUUCUAGUUGCAACGCCAUCAUAUGUUAUGCUCUUAGCUGCACGAUAUGGAGUACCGUGGACGACUGCAGAUUUGAUAUUCUCGAGAGGUCUUAUCACUCUUGUUGUGUUUGAGUAUUUUGCAGAUGGACAACAGUGGAACUAUCAAACCGCGAAGCAACAAUACUUGAAGACCGCCAAGGUACAAGGAGGAUUCGAUCAAGAGUCGCUCGACCGCGGCUUUGUGACCUCUGGUCUCUGGUCCUUCAGCAGACACCCAAAUUUCGCCGCUGAACAGACUAUAUGGGUAGUACUCUAUAUGUGGGGCUGCUGGACUAGUGAAGUAUUAUUCAACUGGACAUUUGCCGGUGCCAUGUCGUACUUGAUUCUUUUCCAGGCCUCAACUUGGUUGACCGAGCUCAUAACUGCGAAGAAAUAUCCAGAUUAUCAGGAGUACCAAGCACGGGUUGGCAAAUUCUUGCCUAACAUCUUUUCUACUGGGCCAAUUUUCACCAAGGUGGAGAAGAAAGCAGCCACAGCCGUCAAAGGCGAUCGAAGAAAGGUGUCAGCCAGCAAGUAA